AUGGCCAACAAAAUGGAUAUGUCUUUGGAUGACAUCAUUAAGCUGAACCGGAGCCAGCAAGGCAGUCACGGCAAAGGCUAUGGCUGGAGCAUGGCCGGCUACCAGGGCCGCCAUGGUGGUGCCAUGCAGGCCCCUGUGUGGGGGAAUCGACACAGAAGAUCUCUGAAGAACUGGCCUACCAUGAGUGGUGGUUCUGCAGGAGGAGGCAGGAACCGGCCGGCUCCAUACAGCAGGCCUAUACAACUUUCCCACAAGUGGCAGCAUGACCUAUACGACAGCCACUUCUGUGGGGGAGCCAGCAUAGAGAUGGGCGGAAAGCUGUUUGUGUCAAACCUUGGCUGCGGCAUGUCAGACACGGAUAUUCAGGAACACUUUUCAGAGUUUGGAACACUGAAGGCAGCAGCUGUGCAGUAUGCUCGCUCCGGACGAAGUUUAGGGACAGCACAUGUGCAUAUUCAACAGAGGGCAGAUGCUCUGAAUUCUAUGAAAGUGGUGUCCCUUUAG